CCCAGUAACGACCGCGCUUCUUUAGCGAAUACGAUCUAUAAUCACUAUUCACUACUACAAUCGCAUCAACUGGACGCCAUCUACACGCUAUAACGAAUAUACUACUACCACCGACUAUCCACCAUGAUGAACAUCAAGAACCUUACCGCGCGCUCCGAAAAUGCCGACGGUUCCAACGACAUGACCAUUGCCCUUCUCACCACCUUGUCUAUCCUUGUCGUGCUCGCCUUGGGCCUGAUAGGCGCACUCAUCUGGCUUCGCAACGUUCGCCGCGCCAGGAAGGAUGCCGCACAUGACGCACAGCUGCCUCUUUACGAGAAGCGACAGUCGGGUCGCCGACUGACCAUCACUGCCAUGCCGUAUGGCAAGGGUCGCGAGUCCGUCGUCGUCUACUCGGAGAAGCAAGACCUUAUGGACAGCGCUGCAAGCUCGCCCACUAGCCCAGUACCCGAGAUUCGCAUCACCUUUCCCGACGAGGUCGAUGAGUCCGGCAAGCGCCAGUCCGGCCGUGUCGUCGUCGUCCGCGUUGGCGAGCACAGCGUUGGGUUAGAGCCUGUCAACGAGGACUUGCCCCCAUACCAGCGCGAUUCAUCUGAUCGCUUCGACUCGCUAGACCUCGACCGUAUUGGAGGGCUGAAGGAGAAGGACAGCAAAGACUACGCCUAAACCUUG